AGAGCAUGCCUUUAUUUUCUAAACAGCCCCGGAAAUCAUCUUCUGCAGCCUGCGUUACCUUGACAACUGUCCAGCUUCGCAGCCUCCUCUCCCUCAGGAUGACUGGGAGUGACGCAGGGCAGACGGAAAAAACUGGGUCUUGAAGGGAAGCGGGGCGGCGGGGAUGCUGGAACGACUUUAGCUUUUCUUUAUUUCACCGGUUUUAAAUCGGAUGCACGGCCUGGCUCUGCGCCCAGAGGACAUGAGAAUUACCUGUGUACAGGCUUUUCCCGUGACUGAUCAGUAGGAAACCAUCGCUUCAUCCUUGGGGCGGAUCAGUUUGGAUACAUUCCCAGGUUACGUUGAUUCCUGUAGUUACACAUGGACAACUAGUCCAGUCAUUUAUUUUUCUCACCGAACACCAGGUUCUGAGUCAGUAGGUGGGAUUUUUGAAUCCCCGUCUCUCCGUCAUUUCAGCAAAUCUCCACCAUGAAUUACUUGCGUCGACGCCUCUCGGACAGUAAUUUCAUGUCCAAUCUGCCCAAUGGCUACAUGACCGAUCUCCAGCGCCCCGACCCGCCGCAGCAAAGCCCCGCAGUGUCGCCCGGGCCGGCGGAGAGGCGCAUGCCCCCAGCUCAGCAGCAGCAGCCAUCUGCAGGUGGGGGCUCCGGUUUCUUCUCCUCUAUAUCCAACGCUGUGAAACAGACCACUGCCGCUGCGGCAGCAACGCUAUCCGAAGCGGCGGAUCGGGCUGGUGUCUCUAGUCAUGGCAAGAUCCUCUUGGUUAUCGACGACCAGCAGACUGACUGGGUGAAGGUCUUCAAAGGAAGAAAGAUCCAUGGUGAAUUUGACAUCAAGGUAGAACAGGCAGAGUUCUCAGAGAUCAACCUGGUGGCCAAUGCCAGUGGCACCUACAACGUCAAUUUUGAUGCCAUCAGGAGUGGGCAUAAGGUUACUAAAUCCUUUAGGCCAGACUUUGUGCUGAUCAGGCAGCAUGCUUUCAGCAUGGACAGGAAUGGAGACCAUCGCAACAUGGUGAUUGGACUGCAGUACGCUGGACUGCCAAGUGUUAACACUCUGCACUCCGUCUAUAACUUUUGUGACAAGCCAUGGGUGUUUGCUCAGAUGUCAAGACUCCACAAGCAGCUGGGCCCAGCGGAGUUCCCACUGAUUGAGCAGGUUUACUAUCCAAAUCAUAAGGAAAUGAUCAGCGCCCCUCAGUUCCCUGUUGUCGUAAAGAUGGGCCAUGCUCACUCAGGAAUGGGAAAGGUGAAAGUGGACAAUCAAUAUGACUUUCAAGAUAUUGCUAGUGUUGUGGCGCUGACCAAGACUUAUGCCACUUCCGAGCCUUUCAUUGAUGCAAAAUAUGACGUCCGCAUCCAGAAGAUUGGUAACAACUACAAGGCUUAUAUGAGGACCUCCGUUUCUGGUAACUGGAAAACUAACACCGGGUCUUCUAUGCUUGAGCAGGUGGCCAUGUCAGACAAGUACAAAUUGUGGGUGGAUUCAUGUGCAGAUAUCUUUGGUGGGUUGGAUAUCUGUGCUGUGGAGGCUCUACAUGGUAAAGAUGGCAAGGACUACAUUAUAGAGGUCGACGACUGUUCAAUGCCACUGAUUGGGGACCAGCAGGACGAGGAUCGAGUUCAGAUUGCAGAACUUGUGGUUUCUAAGAUGCAAGAGACUGUUCCACGUACUCCCAGUUUUUCCUCUGUCCGGGCUGCAGCAGGACAGCCAGCACAGAAAGCAGUUUCGCCUCAGCCAGUCUCACAGCCCAGAGUACCACAGGCUCAACAGCGCCCCUCACCUCAGGGUGGUCCCCAACAAAGUCCCCCAUCCCAGCAGCGCCCACAGCCACAAGGCCAGCCUCCUGCACCAACUCAGCAAUCUGCUGCCACCCCGGGUACUGCUGAGCCCAGUUCUCAGGCAAAGGUUAACCAAGGCCCUUCAGCCCAAUCCCGAGCCCCAGGUCAGGGUGCUCCUCAGCGAAGUCAGGGAGGUUCCCCUCAAACUCAGAGACAGCAGUCUGUCUCCCAGCAGCAGAAACCUUCUGGUGGGGGUCCUAGCCAGAAAUCUCCUGGUGGGCAGCAACAGCACCAGAAACCUGCCCCACUCCCUAGGCAGCAAUCGCAGGGGGGAUCACAGCAGAAGGUCCAGCCAAGCCGUCCCGGGCCACCAACCACCCAGCAGCCGAGACCUGCCGCUCAAGGUCAGGGUGGCCCAGGAGGACGGCCCCCUCUGCAGCAAAAGCCCCAGCCCCCACAGAAGCCCAGUCAGGACGGCCCCGCCAUGGGCGGCUCUCCACAACUAAACAAAUCCCAGUCUCUUACCAAUACCUUCAACAUUCCAGAAAUCCCAGCGCCACGAGCCAGCCUUAACCAGGAUGAGGUGAAGGCUGAAACCAUACGCAAUCUACGCAAAUCUUUUGCCGGUCUUUUCUCAGACUGAGCUGGCAUCAGAUCCUCCCAUCCCUCUUUCUUCCUCCGGCUAAGAGAUAAACGGACCAGCAAAUUGUUGGAGAGACCCCUUCUCCAACCCCCCGGAAAAAAGAAAGGACCAACAGAAUCUCCAAUUCAUGAGAAAGUGUACACACUUGACACCCACUGCCCAAACAAUUGUUACCUAUUAGAGUGAACAAAAGGUAGAAUAGAGUCAGGUGCUGUGGUGUUUCAAACAUUUCCUGCCUUGCUUAAAGCUUAACUGGGUCAUCAUAUCAAACCUCACAAAAGCCUAUAUAUGUGCAUGCAACAACCAUUAACUAAAAUCAGAAACAAAGCAACACAAUCCUGCUUCCUCUUGUUUGUUGGUGCUGUAAAUUCAUUGUGUUAUUUGUGGUCAAAAAACUGAAGGACUGUACAAAUGUUAUUGGGAUGAGGAAAAUAGUACUAGUUUUUCCUAUUCUUAAGUAAAACCCUGUUUUAGUGAAAAUUGUUACAAUUUAUACUAAAAUGAGAGUGAAGAAAAUACAUUUCCUUUUCCUGAAAAGAGCUGUUGUGGCAAUAAAGGUGGGCUGUAGGCCUUGUGAUGAUUAAAUGAAGCAGGUACUUUACCUUAGAAUAAAAUGACUAAAGCACAGGCAAAGACUGUUGCACUUUAUUUCUAAGUUGAAAAGUUAACAGAAAUGUUAUUAGGUGUAGCAAAGGUGUAGAGGAAGGCACAGAAAUAAAAAUAGCACAGCUGAAGCGGAAUCUCCACUUCUUUCUUUUUUUGUACAAGCUAGCGUUAGCUCCACAGUAUAGCUAGCUGGUACAGUAAGUUAGAGAAGUCACAAUAUAAAACGCCCAUGGACCAUUGGUUUAAGAAUGAUAAAAUGUACCAGGAUUGCAUUAAAACACUGCAAUAAAUAACAUCUGAAUCAUAACUUAUUAAAGGAAACUCCCUAUUAUUUAGGAGAAAGAAAACAGAUGGGAUAAAAGAGUUUCUACAUAUUUAUUCUGCAUCUUAACAGAAUGUAUCUUCUGUCAGAUAGGAGCAGCUAAAAGGGUGAAUAUCAAGGUAGAUACCAAGUUAUGGUUACAAAAUUGCAAAAAACUUUUCAUCUUUCUGUUCCUGUGCUUUAAAGUCUUUUUAAUGAGAUGCCAGAGAAUGACCGGAGUUUUUUCCCAAUGUUUGAAGCAUAAAGUAGCGCCACAAUCGACCCUCUCAAUUUCACAGCUAUUGCUACGUCCUGCUAGUUGCACGUAUACUUUUCAAAUUGUUAUUACUGAAGUAAAACAAUAUUUGAUUCCAUUUUUUAAUUUAUGCUAUUCUGCUUUAAAUAAAAGUAAUUAGCUUUUCAUAUGUUUGUAUACAAUAUCUGUUAAUGGGUUGCUUCUAUGAAACCUUUGUAUUUUAAUCAAGGUUAUUAUAUCAUAAAAACCCAUUCUUAGCUGUGAUAUUGUUAAUGAUAGGUUUAAUUACUUUUUGAAUGUUUGCCAUUUUGGCCAUAUACUUAUUGCACUAAGUAUGUUCAACAGAACAGUUUUCAAUAUUAGUCUUAAUUAGGAUUAAUAGCUUUCACAAACAUUUCUUAUAGCAAUGAAUAAAACCCUGCUGGGGUAGGAUGAAAGUCUGUGAAAGCAAAAGUAAUAGCACUCGACAAGAAAUGUACAGUAUGUGUGCUAGUAAUUAAACUUUAAAGUAUUCAUUCCCAAACCAUUCAGCUUCAGCCCCACAACAUAUGAAUUUGUGAACCUAAUAACUGACUGAGUAUCCAAUAUAGGCAUUACUAAUAAGUCAUUUAAACAGGGGAAUAAUGACAAUACAAAUAGCAUCAACAACAAAGAUAUUGUUUUAUCUCAUGAUAUCAUGGCAUGUUUUUUUUAUGUUUUUCUACUUUUAAAGCUUGAAUACACUUUGAACAUUAUAGUUUUUUUUAAUUUGAGUUCCAAGGAAAAUCUCAAGAUCCCACAUUUGUUCAUUUGCAUACUCCAGUGGGGUCCCGACCCUAUCGGAUCCCCUGCCUCAUACAUUCCCAUAACCCCCCUCCCAAGGUUGCUACCUGGUGCUUGUGUUAGUCUAAGUAGUUUAAGCAGGUUUAAGCAGAAAUUAAAAUGAGAACAGAUAGAUAUCCUAUCGUAAUAUUAUGAGAAUUUGCCACUUGAAAAAUUCAAAAUCCUACCACCAUCUGCCUCAAUAAUGUUUGUACAGUGCACUUCCACAGCUCCCCACAGUGUUAGCAAACACUAUAGAUGUGCUCGAGCCGUUUUGAGUGCUCACAGUGAUGUCUUAGCUGCAUGUCUAUAGGAGGCAACUGUUGCGUUUUCCAGCAUCUCACUUUGGCGCUUGUAACUUGUGUCGUCACAUGUAGUGGAUUAGUCAGUCAAGUAGGUGUUGUGAGUAAGUUGUCACUCUCACUCUUCUUCCUUUAAUUUUUACUACACACAAAUGAAACACUUUAGACCUUAAAAAAGAAAGCACGCCUUAGACAGACAAGAACGUCAGAUCAAAUGGAGUGGUCUCAGGGAUGUCCACUUGAUUGUGACACUUGUGCGUGGCUGAGGGUCUUCCAUUUUCAGGCAUAAUGUGGCUCUUUACAGAUGAUGAGGGAUACUUUUGCACACAUAGACAGCAAAAUCUUACUUGAAAACAAUGUCGUGCACAAAUACAAACAUAUGAGGUUUGCAUUUUCAGGUUUAUUUAUGGGGCACUUGAUAAAGCAACAGCUCACUAUUUUCUCUCUGAGGUGGUGCUGGGCUGCAGAGGGAAGCAGCAUGGAAGGGGAUGGCACAGUGGAAAACUGUCUACAGGUUUUACAAUAAGUCUGGCUGAAUGCAGGGCUUGUAGGGGUUUUGCAAUUUCACUCCAAACUUGAGUCUGUUUUAUAAAUCUCAACAGCUGCUUCCAACACUGCUUCCUACUCGUUCAUAGAAGCUUACCCUUAUACUCAGCCAAGGAAUGUUGCAUACAUAUUUGAGAAUCAUCUAUACAAUAAUAAAAGCAAAACAGUGUAAUAGAGGAUGUUUCUCUGCAUAGGUUUUAACACGCACUCUGCAGAAGCUUUCUCUAAUUACUAUGGAAAUCCAAGUUGUUACUGAAAAACAAUUCUGUUGCCAGACACUAAACAUGUCUUCCAGAAAGAGUGCAUUGCUCUUGAAUCUUCAUGUAGAGCUGCAAUAACCUGCUUUUUAGAGAAGCAAUGAGUGAUUAAUAAUAUGAACGAGCCCUGAUUCCCCUGCAGGUUUUUGUCCACACCGCCUAUGCUUGUCGGUCCGUUCGUGUAGCCACAGCGACCCCCUUAUGCUCAAUUGUGCAUAAAUGUGUGAAUGUCCAAACCAAAUAGAUGUGCUGUAAAGAGCUCUGAGUGAAGUAGAUCUUCUCCCCCUGCUGCUAUUUGUGCUUGUUGAUGUUAGGUGUGCUGGCAAAUUGUUCAGUUUUUAUUUUAGAAGUGCAUAAAUGCUUUUUUUUCUUAUUAUUGCAUUCCUUUUGUAAAAUCUGUGAGGUUCUACAAUAUGGGGCUUGUAAUGUUAUGCAUUAAUUGAUUCAGGGUAUCAUUUUUCAAUGUCACAACUCAGCGUCAAUGCAUAUUGUUGUCUGAUUUAUUACAGUCUAUAAUGUGCAAAAGCAAUGUGCAAAAGUAAGCCAUCACAUUUAGCAUGGAUGGUCAUUUAAAGAAAAACACCCUAGGAGGCCUCUUUGCCAUUCUGAGACCUGUCCCAGAUGGACAGAAUGAGCAGACGCAGCAAUGCAAGGAAGUUUUUUUUUUUUUAGGUUUUGGAUGUUCAUGAUUUUAUUAUUUACCGUGGCUAUAUUUGACUGUGAAUGUACUUUUUUUCCUUUCAUACAUAUCAUUUUAUUGUUUACCUAUUGCACUGUAUAAUCAUUGUGAAAAUAUAAAAUCAUUAUGAACUUGUGAAUGGGUGAAAACAGUCAGUCGAUGCCUGCCAUAUUUAAGUCGUUCCACCCUAAAUGUGAAAAAGUGCAAACGUCUGAGGUUUCUUGUCAUCAAAGACAAGACGAUGCAUCAUAUAAUUCAUGGUGGAUUAUUGAAUUAAGUGUAAAAAGAAAAUAGAUGUUAUAUGCAAUAUAGCUAUAUAAUGUGAAAAUGAAUAUGUUAUUGAAACAUGGACAUGUCCAAUAAAGUCUAUGACCAAAUACAAA